UAGUUCACAUCACAAUUUCGGAGAUGCAGGUUUUGUGGUUUCGGUGCGACGUGAUAAUACCGUCCGUUAGCUUAGGGAUUUUGGUUGUUUCUGUCUUAAUUGGCAGCUUUUUCUUCUUGCACGAGAUUCAGCACGAACCGGACACUGAACGAAAUUGCAAUAUGGCCGAGGCUGCUCAGUCAAACUGGGAGAGAUACAGAACAGAGGGGCAUCAGGCGUUCGUCCUUGGCUACACCGGCGAGGUGGGCAAGGAGCUGAUGAAGGAGUUGGCUGCUGCCAAGUUGUACAAGAGGGUGGUUCUGAUCGGUAGACGUCAAGUGGAGCUGGAUCCUAGCUUUGGACCUGAAUUUGAGCAAAAGGUGGUUGAUUUUGAGAAGCUGGAGGAGCAUGCUGAGGUUUUUGAAGGUCUGGAUACAGGGUACUGUGCUUUGGGAACGACUCGUGGCAAGGCUGGUGUGAAAGGCUUUGUUCGUGUCGACCACGAUUACGUGCUAAUUGCUGCUGAAAUGGCCAAGGCAAGGGGCUGUAAGCACUUCAGCCUGGUGUCCUCCCAGGGAGCCAACAAGAACAGCAGCAUGCUGUACACCAGGACCAAGGGUCAGGUGGAAGAGGCCCUGAAGGUCAUGCACUUUGACAGGAUCUCUAUCUACAGACCAGGGGUCCUGAUGUGUGACAGAACCGAAGAUCGUCCUGGCGAGAGAGUCGCCCGCGUGCUGCUCAAGCCAAUCUCUUACCUAUUCCCUACUGCAAUAACAACACCGACCGAAACUGUGGCCCGAGCCCUGAUCAACAAUGCCGUGGCACCAAGUGAGCGCAAGGAAGAGGUGUACGAGAACAAGGCAAUUCACCAGCUGUCGGGGACGUCCAAGCUGUGUGGGUCACAAAACUACCAGGAAACAUCAAAAAGCAAAUAAAAUCUGCGCGGAAACAUUAAAGCUGGAACUCUGUGAUAAGGUUUAGCCUUCAGCCUUUGGAAAA